AUGGAGGGAAGAAAUCUGACAUCAGUAACAGAAUUCACCCUGUUGCCAGUAACCAGCAUUGCAUAUUUUCGUGUUAUACUGUUUAUAGUAUUCCUUCUUCUUUAUUUAUUUACCUUAUUGGGCAACCUUUGUAUCAUAGCAGUGGUUAUCACAGACCGGCAUCUUCACACUCCAAUGUAUUUAUUUCUUGGAAACCUGUCUUUUUUUGACAUUGUCUACUCAUCCACCACAGUCCCUAAAAUGAUGGCUGGUUUAGUGAAAAAAAUCUCAAAGAUAUAUUUAAAGAGUUGCAUAGUGCAAAUCUAUUUCUUCCACUUCUUUGGGUGUACUGAGGCCCUACUUCUUACUGCCAUGUCUUAUGAUAGAUAUGUGGCAAUAUGCAACCCAUUGAGAUAUAACAUAAUUAUGGUGAAAAGAGUUUGUUUCCAGCUUAUCUCCAGCUGUUGGAUGGUGAGCUUUGGCUAUUCAUUGACACACACAAUUCUAACCUCCAAGUUACCUUUUUGUGGGCUUAAUGAAGUUAGUCACUUUUUCUGUGACAUUAAACCACUUCUUAAGCUAGCUUGUGCAGAUACUAGUCUCAAUGAAAGUUUAGUUGUUAUUAUAACCGGAUUUAUAGCUGUCAGUACAUUUUGUCUUAUCUUUCUUUCUUAUUCGUUGAUUGGCACCCAUCUCUUGAAAAUUCGUUCAUCUAAUGAAAGGCGGAAAGCAUUUUCUACCUGCACCUCUCAUCUCAUUGUUGUACUCCUUUACUAUGGUCCUCUCACAAUCAGAUUCCUAAGACCUGCCACAAGUGAUAGCCUAGAACAAGACAGACAAACGGCUGUACUAUACACAAUAAUCACGCCUUUCCUUAAUCCAAUUAUUUAUGCUUUAAGGAAUCAAGAUGUAAAGAUGUCCCUUAAAUUCAGAAAGUUGAGGCACAAAUUUGGUAGAAGCUGA